AUGGCGCUAUUUUCCGACUUGGGUGGUUGGUUUGACCGACUGGGAGACAACAAAUUUUCGACAACGGCCGGAGUUCCCAAAGCUUUCGAAUCCAUUUCCGUCUUCACCGAGAAAAUAGCCACAUCAGCAACAGACGCCGCAAAGCCCAGGCCUCGUGCCUCGGAUAAGACCGAUCACGAUGCAAGGAGAAUCUCUGCGUCAAAACCCAAACAUCCCCGGCUAAGCAGAUCCGUGCAUUUGAUGCGCUCAGAGUACGAUGUUGUCGUCAUCGGAUCCGGCUACGGCGGAGGUGUUGCGGCCAGUCGGAUGGCAAGGGCAGGGAAGAGCGUUGCAGUGCUAGAGAUGGGAAAGGAGAAAUGGCCUGGCGAAUAUCCGAGCACCCUCAUGGAGGUGCUGCCAGAGUUCCACAUCUCUGGCAGUACUGGCAGAGCAACGGCAUCGUGCAAGAGUGUUGCUGCUGGAAGCUCCACGGGCAUGUACAAUUUGGUCCUGGGCCACGGCCAAAACGCCUUCGUUGGGAAAGGUCUUGGUGGAACGUCUCUCAUCAACGCAAAUGUUUACCUGGAGUGUGACAAACGCACCUUGGCACUUGGUGCAUGGCCAUCCGAACUCCGAACCGACCCGAGCGCUCUCGAACCUUAUUACACUCGCGCUGCAGAGAUGCUACAACCAACUGCCUAUCCAGAAGAUCUUCCCACGCCGAAAAAGCUCUCGGUGCUUGAGAAGCAGGCUGAGGCCUUGGGGCAAAAGCAAAACUUCUACCGCGCACCACAGACCACCUUCUUCCAGGAGGGGUUGAACCACGCCGGUGUUCAGAUGAAGGCCUCCACAUGUAGCGGGCAAGAUUGUACCGGGGUGAACGAUGGCUCCAAGAAUUCUGUCUUGAUGAACUACAUUCCCGACGCCUGGAACUGGGGAGCAGAAAUGUUUUGCGAGUGUGAAGUACGCCACAUCAGCCGAGAUGCAACAGGCGAUGGCUACGUUAUCUUCUUCGCCUGGCAUGGGGCGGGAAGGGAGAAGUUUGGAGAUCAUUUCCACAGAAGCUUGAUGUGGGUACGAGCCAAAGAGCUUUGUUUUCUUGGGGCUGGCUCUUUGGGAACCACAGAGAUCCUUCUCCGUUCUCGGGCCCAUGGCUUGGAGCUAUCGCCUAUGGUAGGUCAAAAGCUGUCUGGCAAUGGCGAUAUCUUAUCCUUUGGAUACGAUACAGAUGAGGUUGUCAACGGUAUCGGCCGAGCGAAGCCCACGACGGACCCACCAUCCGGCCCGACGAUAACCGGAAUCAUUGACAACCGCGACGCCAUUAGCUCUCCCAAUGUCUUGGAUGCUUAUAUCAUGCAGGAAGGUGCCAUCCCAGAAGCUCUUGCCCCUCUGAUACAAUCCAUGCUGGAAUUGCUACCAGGCAAGCAGCAACCGGAGAGGUCGAAUGCGAAAGACCAACUCCAGCACCUGAUGUCAAGGGCUGAGGCCAGGUUUCUUGGUCCGUAUUCCAAAGGUGGAUCUGUCAACAGGACCCAAGUCUACCUCAUCAUGUCUCACGACAGCAACGAAGCGAUUCUGUCGCUCGAAAACGACAAGCCCCGUUUACAAUUCCUGGGCGUCGGGCGCACAGAGCACGUAAAGAAGCUAAAUGGCGUCCUGGCAAAAGCAACCCAUGCCAUCGGCGGCACCCUUGUCAAUACCCCUUUCCAUGCUGCAUUCAACCAACAAGAACAGAUCACUGUCCAUCCUCUGGGUGGUGUAGUCAUGAGCUCCGACGGUACCGGCAGACGUGGUGCUACCAACCAUCUCGGUCAAGUGUUCAGUGGUGAAGGCUCAGAAGUUCACAAAGGCCUCGUCUGUGUCGACGGAGCCGUGAUCCCAACUUCUCUUGGUGUUAACCCGUUCGCUACCAUCACCGCCCUUACCGAGCGCUCGGUAGACCUAAUCGCGCGCCAAAGAGGCUUGCGCAUCAAUUGGACUAAGAAUGGUAGACUGGAUCUAUUUGGAAGCCCUGCCAGGUCAUUUCCCUCUCCUCCUGACCUCGCCCGAGCCCACAAGGUGAUGCAGAUAACGGCAGCCACGGGUGGAGUACAGUUCACUGAGAUUAUGGAGGGCCACAUCCACGUCGGCAAUGAUCUCGAUGAUUUUGCCAGUGCUGAAGAGACCGCGAAAAGCUCCUCAAGCUCGGGGUUGUUGUAUCUGAGUGUUUCGUCUCCGAGAAGAAGGAACCAAGAUGCCGUGGCUACCGGGACGCUUUCUUGCAGAGCUCUAUCAAAAGACCCUCUUCUAGUAAGAGGCAGAGUGGAAUUCUUUUCUGCAGAUAAAUCUGUUUCCGAAGGAAGCAAUCUGGUCUACAGUCUGACUCUGCAGAGCACCGACGGCAUGGCAUAUCAUAUGCAUGGAAAGAAAGACCUCACCCCGGAGAUGGCCUUCUCUGUCACUUCGACUUGGAGAGCUACGACGGUACUCCGAACCACAAUCACCAACACUGACGGACUCCUCGCUGGCAAAGGAAUCCUGCGCAUACCAUGGCGAAACUUCACCUCGGAGCUAAAGACGCUGCAGUCCACCCUCCCCAACGGCAACAACCUCCUCGACCGCGCCUCAACCGUCGCCGACUUUGUCGGAAACUUCGCCCAAAACACCGCAUCCUUCUACCUCGGGCCUCUCGGCAAACUCCAACUCUCCCCACCCAAGGCGGACAUCAUCCCCGACGGCUCCCUGCCCCCCAAGCCCGCGCCCAUCAGCACCAUCCAACUCACCGCCGCCGACGGCGUGCCCAGCACGCUCCGCACCUGGGCCGCGACCACGGCCCCGCCCACGCAAAAACACCACAUCCUCAUGAUCCCCGGCGCCUCGGUAUCGCACGAGAUCUUCGCGCUGCCCACGGUGCCCACCAACGCCGUCGACUACCUCACCGCGCGCGGGCACGCCGUCUCCGUCCUCUCGCACCGCUUCGCCGCCACCCCCGUCUCCGCCCGCGGCGGCACCUGCCACGAAGCCCGCCUGGACGUCCUCGCCGCGCUGCAGCACCUACGCGCCGAACAGCAGCAACAGGGGCAGCAGAAACGCACCAUCUACGUCGUCGCGCACUGCAUGGGCGCCGUCGCCACCGCCAUCGGCCUCCUCGACGGCACCAUCCCCGCCGCCUGGCUCGCCGGCCUCACCUGCACCCAGGUCUUCGCGCACCUCGUGUUUGGCAAGUGGAACGCGCUCAAGGCGGGCAGUCCGUGGCUGCCCGAGGCGUACGCGGGCGUUGCGGGGAGCCAGUGGUUCCCCAUGACGGCGGAGGAGGAGGACAGGGAGGAAGAAGCCGGGCGGGCUGGCGGGAAGGAAGGGCGGGUCGUCGUGCAGCGCCUGAUCGACCAGGCGCUGCGGUUCUAUCCCGUCGAGCGCAGGGCCGAGGUGUGCCGCAGCGCCGUGUGCCAUCGCUUCAGCCUGACGUACGGCCGCUGCUGGGAGCAUGCGAACUUGAACAAGGAGACGCAUGAUGGGCUGGCGAAUGUGUUGGGGGGCGUGCAUAUGCGUAUGCUGAGGCAGACGAUGGCGAUGGGCAGGGCGGGCCGGGUGCUGGAUGGGGAGGGGAAGGAUACGGUCGCCACCGACGAGGGGCUCGAGCGGUUGAGGGGCUUGCCCAUCCUGUUCGUUAGUGGUGGGGCGAACGUGGUGUUUGACCCGGAGAGCACCUUCAUCACUUAUGACGUGUUGAGGCGGCGGUUCGGUCCGGAUUUGUAUCAGAGGAGGGUCGUUCAAGGCUAUGGGCAUUUGGAUACGUGGAUGGGGAAGAAUUCGGUAAGAGACGUGUUUCCCGUGAUAGGGGACCACAUCAGUAGUCUGUGA